ACGCUUUUCAAACAUUAGUUGUUGUAGGCGCGUUGCCGUUGACAAUCCUAAAUGCCCGAAACGGCUCAACGACGGCGUUAUGACGUCACCGUAAUUUUUAAUCGCUUGUCUCAACGUAGCAACCACACACAAAUCCGUUAAAUUUUAACGAGAAGCGUUCCGGAUUCCGGGUGAGUCGUACGUGAAAAUCGCAUCAAUGUGCAUCGAGUGUUUGCUCAGCGCUGUUGACGAGAUCUAAAAUUCGGGCAGGGCCCACAUCUCGACGCCGACGACGGCCCACUUCUACUUUUCUAUUGCGACCUAGGAGUUCGUCGUGAAAGGGACGCGAUCCAGAUAACAUGGAGCUGAGGUCGAGAUCACGCUCGACGACGCCGCUGCGUGCCGCCGAAAGCGAUCAUUCGCACUCGCUGACUCCCAAUAGCACUGACAGAGUACUACGAAGUACCAAACUCAGGACAGUAACUGAGGUGAAUGAGGACUCAGUGACAAUGAAAGUCACUACAAAUUCCAGCCACAAAUCAAGCAAGUUGAUUAAAGAGCAGCAUACCACGUUCACAUCAGACUAUUCGUCUGAAGACGGUGAACAUGACCUCUCCCGCACUGAGAAUAACACCAAUCACGCGUUGGAAUUCAAGCAGGAGAUGCACAAACAGAGCAAUGAUCAUGAGUUCAUUGCAUUGAAAAUGUACAGGGAUGCCAAGGAGUACUGGAAUUUCUACCCGAAGACGGAUUACACUUACUCGCCGCACUCGAAGGACCGCGUGGAGCUCGCGCCCGGCGUGGUGAACAUGCCCAACAUGUCCCGUCGGCCUAUCCAUUCCGGCGACGGCGUCGAAUUCGACCACAAAGAGACCAGCACUGAUUUUAUCACGGAAAACAGACGCGGGAUUGUUCCACGCGCGCUCUUCAGCUCGUCGAGUAACAAUAAUGAGGAGUACUUAUACAAAGAGAGCAAGUAUACUUCAACGCGUUCACGUACGGAAAUCUCGAUUUUCCGCCGUGUGUUUUAUUCGGUUUUCUACGUCUUGUACAUGGCGAGCCGACCGCUGGCGAUGGCGCAUAGUUUGACUGUACGCAUCGUCAGUAGGGCGCAUCAAUUUGCGUCGCAUGUGAUGAUGUUUGAUACCUGGUUAUUACGGGGAGUAUCAUCGGACGUCCGCAGCGAGGAGUCUUCCAGGCAGCGGCGUAAACUCGUCAACGUGUUGGCGUUGUGUCUGUUGCCGCUUAUCUUCUUCGGAGGUAUUUGGUUGUUAUCUGCUCUGGGGCAGGCGUUAGCCCUAUUAAUGGCAACUUCUUCUGAUAAAAUAACUCCUCCAAUCACUGCCACAGUCUCAGCACCAUUGGCAGCGGAUCAUGCUUCCGAAACAGUGAUCAAAAUCCAACUAGAUUCGCCAUUCCGCGCCGGCUUAAGUGGCGUACAGCUUAAACAAAUAGCACACUCACUUAAACAUAAUCUGAACUUAGAUUUAGACGUCGACACGAUUAUGAAAGUGUUACUUGUCGACCCGAAUGUGCAGCGCUUAGACGAGUCUACACCAGCGGACGUUGCUGCCGCACUUACCAAAGAACAAAUCGCCGGAAUCGCCCUCAAUCUCAAGCACGUACAACGCGAAAGUGUCGAUAAUGUUGUCGAAAAAGUCCUCGAAAGUCCCAGUAUUCAAAAUUUCAUCGCCUCAUACAACACCAAAGACCAAUCCGAUCAAAUAACAGCGCAAGAGGGUUUAAUCAAUGAAUUGCGCUUACAAAUAGAAAAACUUCGACUUGAUUUAAACGCAGCUAUGAUGGGCAAUUCAGCUAAUUACGUACAGUUAUCGCAUUCAAUUAAACGUUGUUGUAGGCUGAACGCGCUGCAAAUGGAGAAGUAUUUGCACGGACUGAUUACCGCCAUUUUGAACUCCAAAGACCACAAGGAUAAUUUAUCUCAGUGGUUAGGAACUUUAUUUGUAGCACAAAAUGAGCUCGAACUUAAAUUGCAUAAUGCCACGGAGAAGUUAAACAAACACUUUGAUGAUUUGAUUAAAGAGAGUGCGCAGGUAAUCAUGGAAGAUGUGAGUUUGAAACUAGCAGGACGUAUUGCUAGCACAGACGCAUCAUCAUCGGGUAUUCCGCCGGAUGAGAUGCAGAUUCGUGCAAUUGUAAAAAGUGCACUUGCGACCUACGACGCUGAUAAAACCGGACUGGUUGACUACGCGCUGGAAUCAGCAGGCGGUCAAAUUCUUUCUACGCGUUGUACAGAACACUAUAGCGCAAAAACAUCAGUGGUCUCCAUCUUUGGUGUACCAUUGUGGUACCCAACUGCGACUCCAAGGACUGUUAUCACUCCAGGUGUAAUUCCGGGCGAAUGUUGGGCGUUCCAAAGCUUUCCCGGUUUCGUCAUCGUGAAACUAUCGCAUAAUGUAACGAUCAACGCGUUUUCCUACGAACAUGUCAGCAGAUAUCUGAUACCAAGCGGUAGGGUUGAUUCAGCGCCGAAAAACUUUCAAGUUUACGGGCUGCAUCAUGAAUACGAUAAAGAGCCGGUCCUCUUAGGUGAAUAUCAGUACGAUGCGUACGGAGACGCGUUGCAAUUCUUUCCAGUAGACGAUGCGGCUGUUCUCAUGCGCAGCUUUCAGGUCGUCGAGCUGAAGGUGAACUCGAAUCACGGUAAUCCGAAUUAUACGUGCCUGUAUCGGUUUCGGGUGCAUGGCAAAGUUGCCACUUAGUCGGUCUGAAUCGGCGGUGAUCCGUGUACUAGAUGUACCUGAUUCGCAAUUUAGUCAAAAGUCAUAAAAGUCUAACAAUUGUCUGCCAAAAAAGUACUUAAAUCCUAACCAACUAACGGUAUUGUCUGAAUCGUGUACUGUAUUGUUGAAAGCCGUGGGGCAUUCGUAAUUUGAACGAUUUUCUCGGAGCCAUUAUAGUGUGGUAAUGUUAGAAAACGUUAAAAAGUCACUGUGAUUAACGUCGCCUUAAUGGAGGAAAGUGAGUUGAAUAAUAAUGAAAAGCCCGUAACGUACAAAUCUCAUUAACAAACGUGUAGAUAUUAAUAUUGUAUCAUAAGAGUUUAUUUUUACAUUUUUUCGCAUCUUAAAAAGAAUUUAGGUGUUUAUUUAUGUCUUAGAAUAGAACAAGAAAGUCGUAUAUUACGAACGAAAAGUUUAAAAUGAUGUAUCAGUAAUAAGUCUGGAAAGGCCUGUAGUUUAAUAAUCUAAUCAUAUCUUUAAAGCAAUUCACUGAAGUCUAGAAGCAACAUGAUUGCCAGUUUGUAAAUAUGUCUUUCGAAUCUUUUAUGUAUUAAGUCUUAAGUCUGUGUUGUAGCUGCAUGAUAUUUUUUCACGAAUUAAAUUCAUAACUUUGAUAAA